UAUGGGAGGUCAUAUCUUGGCCGAAUGGGCUAAUGUGCUGAGUUGACAGUCUUGCUAGGCGGAGGGUGCCAGGUCGCUGGUUCGACCCCGGGUUGGAGCGUAAAAUUUCAGUACUUAGUUGUGAAUAUUUAGUGCUCUAUAUAUUAAUUAUUUGAAUUUCACAUGUAUCUUUCAGUAUAUAUUACAUAGUUUGAGGUUUUUUUUCUAAGCUUGAUGGGUGAAGAACUAGAAAUGGAAUUUUUUUGAAUUCAGUAUGGGUCUGAUUUACAGUAUUUAUUUUUUCUCCUGACAGCGACUCCACAAAUUCAGCAAAUUCAUUCGAGGAGUUCGAACAAAUGUGGUUGAAGAUGAGUGAAGAGUUGGAAAUGGAAGGCCUGCCAAAGCGGCCUUCCACUCCUACCCCCGAAAGUACAAGUCAAACCGAGACAAUUCUACUUAAAAGACCUGAGAGCCAGCACAACUGCGGCACCUCAGCCAGUUACAUGUACUCGCCGGCCAUGGAUUCAAACUGGCGGUUAGCAACCGUGAUUGACGAGGAACCUUUGGACAGUUUCGAAAACUGUGAGAAUUCCAUCCUUACUACUUUCCGACGAAAAAAUCCUGAGAAAUAUAAUUUGUUGGAAAAGAGGUUGAGGGAGCCGUUAGCAGAACAAUUUAAAUUACUCCGAGAUUUGAGCGACCGCGUUUCAAAGGACUUGGAACAAAUGAACAUUAUUGUUAAUUAUUUGGAGGACCAGUUGGCUCCCGUGACACCAAAGAAAAAGAGAGUGAAAUUCACAACUUGUGAUAUUGACAUUAACAAUAACGUCAAUACCAUACUAUGAAUUGUGUAAAACUGUAAAUAUCCAUUGAGAUUUGUUUGAUAUUUUAUAUACUGAUUGACAAUUUCUUAUUGUUAAUCAGUUCAUAAUUUAAUAAGAAAAAAAAGUAACGUUAUA